AUGGGCGAGCCACCGCGCAGUCAUGAGACGCUGAUCGGCUACUCGGUUGAUAUGCGGUCCAUUCUGGAGCAGAGCCAGUGGCGUGCGUUGACGAUUAAGAGGUUGGCAAACGAGGAAACUGUCGAGGUGCAGCNCUGCAUCCUCGCCAAGGUUGUCGUGGAGCUGGCGAUUUAUGCUGUGCUAGCGUCGCAUGAGCAGAAUGAGCGAGUAACGGUGCCGUCCGACGUAAAUGUAGACAAGACGACGUCGACGACAGCAACAGGAACGGCAACGGUAACGGCGAAGAAGACUCCGCCUUCACUCCCCCUUGUGGGUGACGUGCCGCACUCGUCCUCGUCCACCACGCACCUCACGGAUCAACUGCUUCGGCAGAAACAACAACAACAGCAGCAGCAGCAGCAGCAGGUCCGACUGCAGCCGCCAAGGAGGCACGACACCGUUGCUGUGGCACCGCUGCAGCGUGAUCAUUACGUUGUCGACACACGACAGAUGUACCUUGUCGCCGCAUCGGCGCUCGAGGAAACGAAUGAGACGCUGCUUCCAUCCCUGCGACGCCUACGAAUGGAGUAUCGACAGCUGGUGAAUGAGCUGAUGAGGACGGAAGACUAUUACUCCAAAUUCCCUCACGAGGCUCCUUCUGCCUUCACCACCGCCAAUGGANAGCGUGCCGCUGCACAGGUGUCCGAUGCAUUGCAACUCCUACAGCUAGAAGCGACGUACAGCGAGUUGCUCGCCACCCUGCACCACAACGAGUGCGCCAUUAUACAUUACAACCAGCACAUUGAGCCAUACUGUGAGUUCCUGCGUGCGGAGAAGCAGUUGUGGGCCCCGCUCUACCUGCGCACCCUGCGCCUUGCGCAUGCCUUCUGUGUGUUGGUGAUGGAGCUCGGAACGCUGCCGAUUCCGCUGCAGUACCGCCCCUUUCUCGGCCCCGUGCUUCAGCUCGUCGGCUGUUACGGCGGGCAGAAGGAGAUGCGGCUCCGCAUUGGGGAGUGCCUCCUGAAGCUCGAGGAGCGGGCGAAGCGCGUGCGCAUGCCGCUGCUGUUGGAGGAUGUGCCGGCACACUGCCGCGCGGAGCUGGACGCAGCAGCGGCGGCGGUCGCGGAGGGGUGGUGCACCGCCACGCGGAUCAUCACGUGCCUGGCGGUGCCGGAGGACGUGCUGGCGACGCCACCGACGCCGCUCGCAAUGCCACAGGCACUAUUCGUGGAGGUUCCCUCCAUCGCCGGGUAA